AAUAAGAACAAUGGUAUUUCCUAUAUUAGGGUUUGCGCCUCCCUUUGUCUGCAGAUCUCUCUCUGCAACAAAGAAGAAACCCUAGAAGGUGCUGCGGUUCAAGUUUCAACAGAGAGAUGAGCGACGGGGUAAAGGUUGGGAUACUCGUUCCCGAGUCAGUCUUGAAGAAACAAAAGCGAAAUGAGGAAUGGGCCCUUGCAAAGGCGAAAGAACUCGAGGAAGCAAAGAAGAAAAAAGCUGAGACUCGCAAGCUAAUCUGCAAAAAAGCGAAGGAGUAUGCCAAGGAAUAUGAAGAAAAUGAGAGGCAACUGAUUCAGCUGAAGCGUGAGGCUCGUUUGAAGGGCGGCUUCUACGUCAGUCCCGAGGCCAAGCUUUUGUUCAUCAUUAGAAUCCGUGGUAUUAAUGCAAUGCACCCGCAGACCAAGAAAAUUUUGCAGCUUCUGCGACUGAGACAGAUUUUCAACGGGGUAUUUCUGAAAGUUAACAAAGCUACACUGAACAUGCUUCACAGAGUCGAGCCAUAUGUUACUUAUGGAUACCCCAACCUUAAGAGCGUCCGAGAACUGAUUUACAAACGAGGCUAUGGGAAAGUGAACAAGCAGCGGAUUGCCUUGACAGACAACUCUAUCAUCGAGCAGACAUUGGGUAAGACGGGGAUAAUUUGCGUGGAAGAUCUCAUCCACGAGAUCAUGACGGUGGGGCCCCACUUCAAGGAAGCGAACAACUUUUUGUGGCCAUUCCAGCUGAAGGCACCCCUGGGCGGGUUGAAGAAGAAGAGGAACCAUUACGUCGAAGGCGGUGAUGCUGGUAACCGCGAGGAUUACAUUAACGAACUCAUUAGGAGGAUGAAUUAAGUAAGCUUUAUCGCAAUUUUGCUUUUGCUGCAUUAAAUCGAAUUUUCGAUCUGCUUCUUCAAGACUUAUUUAGUCGAAAACUUUGCAUUUUGGGCUUCUCUUGUCGUUCGGGUUAAUUAGUACUAUGAUUUGGCAUGCAAUUAAUGUUUAGUUUUGUCAAUUAUUGAGUUUGUGAUAUGCUGAAAUUGGAUUUUGACUUA